AAUGAUGCGGGUGACAGAGUUACUCCAGCUGUUGUUGCCUACUCAGAAAAUGAAGAGGUUGUUGGAUUGGCAGCAAAACAAAGUAGAAUAAGAAAUAUUUCCAAUACAGUCAUGAAAGUAAAGCAGAUCCUUGGCAGAAGCCAGAAAUUUGGUCCUUGGAUCUGGCUUCUCAGCAAUUAGUCCUGAGAGGGAAGAAUCCGUUGGCUCCUGGAAAUAAACUGAAAGCACCCAGAGUUUCCCCACACCUUCAGAUUUGCACCUUGCUGUCCAGGAGCUUUCUUCAGCUAGCCUUCCUUCCCAGUCCACUAUGGCCAAUUCCAAUAGCAGUGCGGGCAUCCGGUGGUCCAGACAGGAGACGCGAACUCUUCUCUCCAUACUAGGCGAGGCAGAAUACAUUCAACGCCUCCAGACUGUGCAUCAUAAUGCAGAUGUCUAUCAGGCUGUGUCUAAGCGAAUGCAGCAGGAAGGCUUCCGCCGCACCGAUCGUCAGUGCCGCUCCAAGUUUAAAGUUCUGAAGGCAUUAUAUUUAAAGGCAUAUGUUGCCCAUGCCACAAGUAUGGGUGACCCACCACACUGUCCAUUUUAUGAGACCUUGGAUCAGCUUCUCCGAAAUCAGGUAGUGACUGACCCAGACAACUUAAUGGAGGAUACUGCUUGGGCCAAGCACUACACUCAGAACUUAAUGGCCUCUGACAACCCAGGGGAAGAGGGAACCGGCAUUCUGAAACCAAAAAGGACUCAGGCAGCAGAUCAUCAGCCUAUCUCGAAAGCAGUUAAGGAAUCAGAUGAGGAUUGUCAACUGAAAAUCACUGACCAGAUGCAAGAAACCAGUGACCUUGAGGACUCCUGGGAUGAAUCCUCAGGUGCAGGGUGCUCUCAAGGGACCCCCAGCUACAACAGUUCCCACCACCUUUUCAGAGGUGCAGUUGCUCCCUGUCAGAGCAGCCCCAUGACCAGACUGGGUGUGUCCGGUGAGCCCAGUCCCUGCACCAGCACGGGCCGAAACACUCCUGGGGUGGCCUUCACACAGCAGCCUCCAAUCUCCUCCGGAGUUCCUUUUUCUGGUGGGGAUAGGCCUUUGACCAGUGAGCCCCCUCCAAGGUGGGCAAGACGAAGAAGGCGGUCAGUGGCCAGGACUAUUGCAGCUGAAUUGGCAGAAAACAGGAGAUUGGCACGAGAACUUUCAAAACGUGAGGAAGAAAAAUUGGACAGGCUGAUUGCUAUUGGUGAGGAGGCCAGUGCUCAGCAAGACACUGCCAAUGAGCUCCGCAGGGAUGCCGUGAUUGCAGUGAGACGCUUGGCAACAGCAGUGGAAGAGGCAACCAGUGCUUUUCAGCUAGGGCUUGAAAAAUUGCUUCAGAAAUUAAUUUCUAACACCAAAAGUUAGGAACUGAUGAUAAAAGGGUAUAUACCCUAAACUGGUAGAAGCCCAUAUCCAAGACUUGCCUUUUGGUGACCUGGAUCUUUUUCCAUGUCCUCAGAGAAAAGAGUGGAUGAGCCGCAGAUAUACAGAAGAGUAGGAAUAUACAUGCUAGUUGUUUUUCCCAAACGUCUCCACUAAUUGAAAGACUUCAGAUAUGUGAGAGGUGGCCUAAUGGAAAAUGGAUGGAGCCAACUCCAGAGCUAGUUAGCCCUGGCUUUGUCACUGAUAUGAGGCAAUUUAGUUUACCUCUCUGCACCAGUUUCCUCAUCAGUAAAAUGGGAGCUAGGUAACAAUUCCUAACCUGCCUACCUCACAGGGAUGUUGUGAGGAUCAAAUGGCUAAUAGAUGUGAAAGGGUUUAAAAGCACUAUAUACACAUGUAAGUUAUUAAAGUAUAUGACCUUGGCUGAGGUAAGGCAAGGACGCAGCACAUUAGUUGACAAGAUAGAAUUAUGGUUGUAUACCAUGAUGAUUUCAUUGCUUGAAUAGUUGUUUAACUUGAUUGUUUUCUGAAGUUUAAAGUCUUCAUUUUUUUUUAAUGCUUCAGUAGCUCAAGACUACUAUAGACACAACAUCUAUUUGUACCUUUCUCUCAUUUUCACUGCUGUCUGUGACAUUCCUACUAGUAAGCACUCAAUAGUCAAACCAUCUUUCCCUCCAUUUUAAUAGUUCUUAGUCUCUAUAGGAUAUAAUUCAAAACUAAUAGGAAGCCACAAUCGUGUUAUGGUUCAUAUUGAUAAUCCAAUAUAAUGAGAUAUUGGCUGUUUAUAAAAUAUUAAAUGUAAGUAAAUUCUUUGCAUUCUAUAUUACUUGGGUCCUUUACAUGCAUAAUUACAUAUUGUAAAAUUUCGAUUGCUAAUUGAAUAUCUUGGAAAGAUUUGGGAUAAUAUCAGUUUCCCAGGUGCUUUUUAGCUAAUUUCAUUCUUUUUUGUUAGCGUUGUUUCUGUGUUGUAUGUUACAGAAGGCAAGCACUAGAAAACUUUCCUUCUAGGGAACUUUCCAAAAUCACUUUUUCUCAGAUGGUGUAGACCAGUGAUGGCGAACCUAUGACACACGUGUCAGAGGUGUCACGCGAACUCAUUUUUUGUUUUACUAUGGUUGCAAAUAUCAAAAAAUUUCUAUAUGUGAGACAGCACCAGUGUUAAGUUAGGGUUUUUCAAAAUGCUGACACGCCGAGCUCAAAAGGUUCGCCAUCACUGGUGUAGACGAAAAAUCACCUAGUUAGUGGCAUGUGGUGGAAAAGAAUAGCUUUGGAAAGAGUUGAGGGUGGUGUGAAUAAAGACUGCUUGCAAUAAAUAACUCCUUUUAAGCACAAGUUCUCAACAAACACAUUUCAUUUUCCCCAAAAAACACAGGUGUUGAGCCAUAUUUCCAAUUUAAAAAGUUUUUCUUCAAUCUCGAGGCUGAAAAAAAGUCUGAGCAUGUUGGAAGAAGUUUUAUAUUUUGCAGGCUUGGGUGCUUAAUGCAGGAAAUACAAAUAGGUGAAUAAAUCGUUAAAAAACAGUGGGAACAUACCUGGAACCAUGAAUAGAUGUCAAGCAAGUGAGCUGCUCUGUUGAGUGGGUAAUGGAUGGAGGCAGCAGCUGCUGUGGUAGCAUACACUGUAAUCAAGUUAGAACUCCUGGGUUCUAAUCCUGUCACAGUUACAUUGGCAAAUCAUUUGAGUUGUUUUAGGUCACUAAAUGGCGGGAUAUGUGUCAGUUGUAACUAGAUAACACUAAUGUAGGUAGGUAGACAUUUUGGAAAAACAGGGAAAUACUUGGUGAAAAAUGAGGCCUGUACUAUAUUAAUCUAUUAAUGAUAGCAAAAUAAAUAGGCAGUGAUUUAUUUAAGAUAAAGGAAGUGCUAAAGUAUAGAAGUGGAGUUAAACUUUGAAGGUAAUAUUGUAAAAAGCUAAUGGGUAAUGUAACCUUAAUGUGGGAAUAAAACUAAAGGAAAAUAACUUAAAGAAGUGAACAGAACAGAAAUAGGUAAAAUAUUAUAAAGAGGACGGAAGUUGUAAUAAGGGGAUGUUAUCUGAAAGAAAAAAAGCCCAGAAAUCCUACUUAAGUUCCAGGCCAAACCAUUACUACCUGUCCAUCCUUAAGUGGGUCAUUUUACCAUUCUACUAGUAUAUUUCAGGAUCCUCACCUAUUAAGAAACUGGUAACUAUUCUACCUACCUCACGGGAUUGUUGUGAGGGUCAAAGGAACAGAUAAAUGUAAAAAUGCUUUCAUACAUGGAAAGCACUAUACUGUGACAGUAGUGGGAAAGAAGACCCUGUGCAUGUUAGUACUGGUAUGUGCCCGGUCUAAGGGCCUGCUGACCAUGCAAGAGACAUGUAAGGAAGGAGGAGGAAGAGAAAAUGGCAUUGCUGAUAAAGGUUGUGAUACUAUGGUAGGGUUAACAUUCUGCCUCCUUAAGACCAUGAUGUAAAUAAGGUGCUGUGUAUACUAACCUCCCACCACCCUUUGUUUUUCUGUUACAUAAUUAAUCCUGGUGUGGACAAAUAAAGUUUUUAUUUGUAUGUA